GACCCCUGCCGGGACGCGGGCGGCGGCCCAUGGCCGCCGCGGGCGCGCCCGGCGCCCAUGGUGGCGCAGGCGUGGGCCCGCGAGCGCGUCUCGGAGCUGCGGCUCACCGGGUCUGUGCUGGAGUGGCGGGGCCACUUCGGCUGGAUCGAGCCGGACGGGUGGAUAGAUCAUCCGGAGGCGGCGAGGCACGGCCGGAGGGUGUACGUCAGCGCGAAGGACGUCGGUGCCGGCACUGAGCUCUACGGUGGCGUCAGGGUCUCCUUCCUGGCCUACGCCGACGGCAACGGCGUCGGCGCCGAGGACGUCCAGCUCGAAGCGGCCCUGGCUGGCGCGUUCCCCGCGUAUCCCGUACGCGCGCGCCCGCGCGCGGCGGCGGCUGGGGGCCGCUGCUGCGCCCGCGCACCGCUGCCGGGCGCGCUGGGGGGAAGGCG